CGCCUGAGUUGCGCUUCUCCUUGGCAGGUCCCAGCUCGUCUUUAAACCCACCGGGCGAUCCUUGGAGCACCGCCGCGAUGCCCAGGGAAGACAGGGCUACGUGGAAGUCCAACUAUUUCAUGAAAAUCAUCCAACUCCUGGAUGAUUACCCAAAAUGCUUCAUUGUGGGAGCAGACAAUGUGGGAUCAAAGCAGAUGCAGCAAAUCCGUAUGUCCCUGCGUGGGAAGGCUGUUGUGCUGAUGGGGAAGAAUACGAUGAUGCGCAAAGCUAUUCGUGGUCACCUGGAGAAUAACCCUGCCUUAGAAAAGCUGCUGCCUCAUAUCCGUGGGAACGUGGGCUUUGUCUUCACCAAGGAGGAUCUGACUGAGAUCAGGGACAUGCUGCUGGCUAACAAGGUGCCAGCAGCUGCCCGUGCCGGUGCUAUUGCUCCUUGUGAUGUGACUGUGCCAGCCCAGAACACUGGUCUUGGACCUGAGAAGACCUCCUUUUUCCAGGCCUUGGGCAUCACCACGAAGAUUUCCAGAGGGACCAUCGAAAUUCUGAGUGAUGUGCAGCUCAUCAAGACUGGAGACAAAGUGGGUGCCAGCGAAGCCACCCUUCUGAACAUGCUGAAUAUCUCCCCCUUCUCUUUCGGGUUGGUGAUCCAGCAGGUCUUUGACAAUGGCAGCAUUUACAAUCCCGAAGUGCUGGACAUCACCGAGGAGACCUUGCACAAGCGCUUCCUGGAGGGUGUCCGUAACGUUGCCAGCGUCUGUCUGCAAAUUGGGUACCCAACCAUUGCUUCUGUGCCCCAUUCCAUCGUCAAUGGGUACAAGCGGGUCCUGGCCGUGGCGGUGGAGACUGACUACACUUUCCCACUGGCUGAAAAGGUGAAGGCCUUCCUGGCAGACCCCUCUGCUUUUGUGGCAGCCGUCCCUGUGGUAGCCGAAACGGCUACCCCUGCUGCCGCUCCGGCAAAAGAGGCGGCGAAGGAGGAAUCGGAGGAGUCUGACGAGGACAUGGGCUUUGGUCUCUUUGACUAACAGGAGCCACCGUCUGCCUGUUUGUAUCACAGUUGGUCCAAUUGGAGAAAUAAAAAGCUAUUUUACACGUUC